AUGCGCAACCUUCUGUGGAAAUAUUACCUCGAGGAUGAUGUCGACAAGUUUCGACGCCUCUUGGCGAAUACCAGCCAUAAUCCGCAAUACUCAUCGAAAGGUCAUGGUGGAGGGGCGGGACAGUCAAACAGCCUUGGCAGCGUAGCUGGGAGUCCGGGAGGGUUUGCGACGUCGCCGAAGGCUUUCAUGAAGAAUCGGAAGGUUUCAGGCCAAACGGGAAAUACGAGUGGCGCAAGAGGAGCAAAUACAGCUCUUGGCCGGGCGGAAGUGAACAGCAGAGAUCAUGCCGGCCUGACCAUCUUGCACCGAGCUGCAUCCUCGACUGCUGCGAAUGCGAUAAGCUUUGCUCUUGCUUUGAUUGAGCAUCCUGCAAUCGAUCUAUACAUUCAAGACACGGAAAGUGGAUGGACGGCUUUGCACAGGGCAUUGUACUUUGGUAACAUCACUAUUGCUCGUGCAAUCAUCGAUCGCGAUAGACGUGAUCCGAAUGGCCCGGGUGGUAGUACCGCCACAAGAGCUGGCUCUUCUGUCAUCAAGGUCAAGGACCACGAAGGAAAUAGCCCAUUCGAUGUCUACAAUGCUACUAUUGCCAGACGCUCCUUGCAACAAGGAAAGGAGGUAGCCGAGUCCGAAGACGGCUCUCAGGAUGACGAGGAAUCUGUGACCGACGGACUGGGAGCCAGUGGGAACACUGCCCAUUAUUCAGUGGAUGGAGAUGAAUUGUUUGUCUUCGGGUCUAAUAAGAACCACUCGCUGGGUUUCGGAGAUGGAGACGAUCGACAACACCCAGAAAAGAUCACGCUGAAACGUCCUGAUCACUUACUAUUUCGAUUCUAUCGGGAGUACUUGGAUUCAAUCGAAGGUACCAACGAAGUCGCGCAAAGCAGCGCUCUCAAGCCCACACCGAAAUCAUUAGAGGAUCUCCCUAGCCUCAUAUUAAAUCGACCUGUCAUCGUGCAAGAUGUCGCGCUGGCAAAGCUCUCCAGUGCCAUUCUUACAACGGACCCCGAGUCAAACCUCUAUAUGUGCGGAUUCGGCCCAGGUGGCAGACUAGGUACUGGGGAUGAAGUAACAAGGUUCACGCACGUUUGCAUCGAGGAAGGCGGCUUGGCUGGCAAGAAGGUUGUGAAAGUCGCUCUUGGGCAGAAUCAUACCUUGGCUGUCUCUUCGGAGGGCGAGAUCUUCUCGUGGGGGACUUCCACCUAUGGCCAAUUAGGAUAUUCCUUACCUCGUCCGGCAUUGAAAGACGAAGAGCCUAUUUGUUCCACACCACGGCAAAUAUUUGGCCCGCUGAAAAGAGAGACUAUUAUUGGAGUCGCUGCUUCUGCCAUCCAUUCCGUUGCGCACACUUCAACCUCCCUCUACUGCUGGGGCAAAAAUGAGGGCCAGCUGGGCCUUAUGGACUCGGAUUCACGUUCACUCGCGAUCCAGCCAGUUCCGCGAAAGGUUGGAGCAUCGCUAUUCAAGGCACCUAUUUCGAUGGUUUCGGCUAUUAAUGGAGCAACGAUCUGUUUAUUGGCAAAUCACACCGUCUGUGUUUUUACCAACUACGGGUACAACAUUGUCAAAUUUCCCUUAUACGAGGAGUUCAAAAAUUAUCAUCUGCAGAGUGCAGCACUGACUACUCGAUAUGGUGACACCUCGAACCAUAUCUCGUUCAUCACUGCUGGGGGUGAUACAAUAGCAGCAGUCUCAAGUCGGGGCGAUCUCUUCACUGUCAACGUAAGAAAGAUCGAUUCUGAUGUUCCAUCUGCAUCCACCACCAAUCCUUCAAAGAUCAAAUCAGCACUAUCACCGCCUCAAAGAAUUUGGUCUUUGCGCAAGGGUCACUGGGAUGGCAUCAGGUCUGUUGGAGUUUCUGAGAAUGGAUCAGUAAUCAUUUGCACACAGGCCGGUGCAGUGUGGCAACGAGUCAAAAGAGCCAAGAUCAAGGACACCAUGGCAGGUAACGGAGGCUUCAGUCGCAAGGAUUUCAAAUUCCAGCGAGUUCCAGGCCUCACCAAGGUUGCAGCAGUCCGAAGUAAUACUUUCGGGGUAUAUGCAGCCAUCCGCAAAGACUGCGAUGUGACCAAAAGCCAAAUCACGGUGGAUGAGCAGGGUCUAUGGCAUGACAUUGAUCAUUUGCUCAGCAUCCGUGACCUUGUGGCUUCAAAGCCGUCUGAAGACAACACUGAAGCACCCAGACUUUGGGUUCCAGCUCUACCAAAAGAUGGUUUCAAUCCCCUCAAACGUGCAAUUCUAACAUCUCCUGACAUCGAGACUGAUGUCAAGCAUCACUUGCUCAGACAGGAUCCGCAGGGUUAUGAUUUUGAAAUACGCAGCUCGCUUUGCGAGGUUGGAAUCCCGGUUCAUGGCUUUAUGAUGGCAGCAAGGAGUCCUAUUUUAAGGGCUGCUUUGGCCGAAUUCCGCCACACUGGUUCGUCCUCUGUACCGGAAACCCUCGUUGUAGAGGGAUCCUCUUCUCAGUCACUCCCUCGGGUCGUCUUUCAGGGAUUAGAUUUUAUCACCAUCCUCAAUCUUGCAAUAUACCUGUACACCGAUGGGGUGGUCGAUGUCUGGCACUUCACCCGCCAGCCCUCGGAUAUGGCUUUCAGAUAUAGGCAGGUACGGGUUGAACUCAUGAAAACCGCCGCGCAUUUGAAGAUGGCCAGAUUAGAAUCUGCAGUCCGUAUGAUGAGAGAGCCAGAUCGGCAGUUGAACCUUGACAUGAGUCUGGCUCUUCAAGACCCCGUCUUCUUUGAAGAUGGGGACUGCAUUAUUGAGCUAGAUGGCUCGGAGGUGUAUGCUCACAGCGCCCUCUUACGCCAACGGUGUCCGUUCUUCGAGGGUCUAUUCAAUGGCCGUGCUGCAGGACAAUGGUUAGCUGGUCGGCGCCAAGACGAUUCAAAGACUGUUCGAAUCGACUUGAAACACAUUGAGCCGGAAACUUUCCAGCUCGUUCUGCGCUAUCUGUAUGCCGAUGUUGGGACAGAGUUGUUCGAUGAGGUUGUGUCCAGCGAUAUUGAUGAGUUCUCUGAACUUGUCAUGGACGUUAUGGGUGUCGCAAAUGAACUUAUGCUUGACAGAUUAUCUCAAAUCUGUCAGGAGGUGCUCGGCCGCUUUGUGAACACUCGCAACGUGUCUCAGCUUCUGAAUAUCGUUGCCCCUUGUUCGGUGACGGAGUUCAAAGAUGCCGGACUUGAAUAUCUCUGCCUGCAACUGGAGGCGAUGCUCGAAAAUCAUUUACUCGAUGACCUUGAUGAGGAUCUUCUUUUGGAGUUGGAUGAGGUCGUCCGUGCGAACCAGCUUAACUGCCUCCCCUUCGCAAAGAGCGGCAGAGCUGAGAUGUUGUUGCACGAACGGCAUCCUGGUCUGGCAGGGGAAAUUGACGAGGAGAGGCAACGCAGGAUUCGCGACAUGGCGUUCCGAGAAAACCUCAAAGAUGACGACAGUAGACUAUCUACUUCGUUCCGAGCUCGAGUUGGGAGUUUGGAUGAUUUUAUCUCUGGUUCUCCCAGCCAAGAAAAGGCCCGGCGAAAGUCCAAACAGGUUCGGAACGCACCUUUCAGUCCUAGCAUUCGCCCGAAGGACUCUACUAUGGAUCUGAUGUUUGAUAUGGAUGAUGAUGAUCCGCUUGGUUCAGGGAGUCCCAAUCCUUCAGCUCUAAAGACGGUCUCCGGUAUAACACCUGUCGCUAAAACGGGCCCAGAAACUGGCACUAAAAUAUGGUCCUCUCCAGCUCUACCAUCGAAGAAACUGGAUAUGCGGGAAAUCAUGGCGCAAGCUUCAUCGAGCCGAACAUCAAACUUGUCGAUGAGUCUCUCGGCUCAAAAGGUUAAAGAUGACGCUGGGAAGAAGAUGACACCUCAGAAGCUUUCGCAAAAGGAGCGCAAGAAGCAGCAACAGCAACAAGCUAUAGCCCAAGCCCAAAUGGCCAGCGAAGCCAAACCAUCGUCUCCCUGGCAGAUAGCUGCUACUGGAAAGAAAACCUCUUUGAAGGACGUCCUGAGCGAGCCGAAGCCUUCCCCGGCAGCGGUGCCUGCACCAACCUUCGCUUCUCCUAUUCCAUCUCGUCCCUCGACACCUAGACGUACUGCAUCACCCGAUACACGGUUUUCGGGUCAGCAGAGAAGGGUUAACAACCCAAUACCGAAGGGGGGAAUAUCAUCGGCUGGUCCAGCGAGCACAAGCCAAACUGUGGCGAAAUCAUCACCUCUUGUUCCGCACUCCAAAACAUAUACAACUCCGGCUGCCAAGGCCGAGCCAUCAUUGCAAUUAUCCAUGGCGGAUAUUAUUGGACAGCAAAGGAGAGAACAAGAAGUCAUCAAGGAGGCUGUUGCGAAGAGAAGUUUACAAGAGAUCCAAGAGGAACAAGCAUUCCAAGAAUGGUGGGAUCAAGAGAGUAAGAGGGCACAAGAAGCAGAGGCCUUAAGAGCGAAGGGUGCAACGGCUGGAGCAUCCAAAGGGGGUAAAGCCGGUAGUGGAAGGGGAAAAGGUGGGUCAAGAGGGAGAGGAGGGAGGGGCCGAGGCGAUACCGCUCGAAGUGGUAGGGGAAGGGGUCAAGAGAGGGGAUCAAGUGGGAUCCAGUAA